AUGGCAUUUCCCUCUAAGCCAUUGGCCCAACUUCAUGGCUCUAAUGGACCUGUCCACGCCCUCACCUACUCCUCUUCCCCCUCAACCUACAUCCUAAGUGGCUCCUCCGACCGUUCCAUCCGCCUCUACAACCCCUCUCGCCCAGCCGCACCGCCAAGCAGCAACCCUCUCGAGCCUCCCCGCGCAACCCAGCUCAUCCAGACCUAUUCCGCACACGGCUACGAAGUCCUGGAUAUUGCCGUCGCCCAAGACAACGCCACCUUCGCCAGCGUAGGCGGCGACCGCAGUGUUUUUCACUGGGAUGUCACGAAAGCGCAGACCAUACGGCGGUAUGGAGGGAACCAAGGUCACACUGCCAGGAUCAAUACGGUUACCUUUGCAGGGACAGGGGACAGUGUGUUGAUUUCCGGGAGCUUCGAUUCUUCUGUACGCAUUUGGGAUGUCAAGAGCCACAGUACGAAGCCCAUUAUGGUGCUGGACGACGCAAAGGACUCAGUGUCGUGUGUCCUGGCUGGGAGCCGGGCUGGGAAGGAUGGGGAAUAUGAGAUUUUGACGGGGAGUGUAGAUGGGUCAGUGAGGAGCUACGAUAUUAGGAUGGGAAAGUUAGAGACCGACGUCAUUGGGGCGAGUGUGACGAGCUUGCAGAGGACGAGGGAUGGGAAAGGGGUUCUGGUGGGAGCUUUGGAUUCAAGUAUCAGACUUAUGGAUAAGGACAGGGGAGGACUUCUCAAGUCCUACAAGGGCGAAAAGUGGAAGAACGAGGAGUUCAGACUACGAAGCGCGUUUGGCGGGAACGAGCGAUGGGUAUUGUGUGGGAACGAGAAUGUCAUGGGCGACGACGGCGAGGUUGCCAUCUGGGAUACUUUAAGCGGCCAAAUCAUCCAGAGGAUACGUGUUGAGGGGUCCAAGGCCGAAGGGAAAAAGAAGAAGAUUGGCCUGGAUGGGAAGGAAAAGGAGAAGAGAAACGUGAUAAGUUGCGUGGCUUGGAAGGAAAAUGGACGGGGAGACCAAUGGUGCUGCGGGGGUCAAGACGGGACAAUUUCCGUGUUUGGCUCUGCGAGAUAG